AUGUCAUUGAGGACAAGAAAUGCAUCUACAACCACAACUGUGAUAGACAACAAAAAUGGGUCUCUGCCCAAGUCCCCUGGAAAGGUGCUGAAGAGGACUGUCACCGAAGACAUCGUGACCACCUUCAGCUCCCCUGCAGCCUGGCUUCUGGUCAUCGCUCUGAUAAUCACAUGGUCAGCUGUGGCAAUUGUCAUGUUUGACUUAGUGGAUUACAAAAACUUUUCAGCAAGCUCCAUUGCCAAGAUUGGUUCAGAUCCUCUAAAAUUCGUAAAUGAUGUUGUGGAUGAAACAACUGACUGGAUCUACGGCUUUUUUGCUUUGCUGUCUGACAUCAUCUCAUCUGAAGGUGAUGAAGAAGAUGAGGAUGCAGACGAGGACAUUGAUAAAGGAGAAAUAGAAGAACCUCCCUUAAAAAGAAAAGAAAUACACAAAGAAAAGGCUGAAAAGCAGGAGAAAGCUGAGAAGAAAACGCAGACUAAAGUUUCACCCAGAGAAAAGGAAAAAGGAAAAGAAAAAAUGAAAGAAGGAGAAAAACCCGAGAAGAAAGCAACCCACAAGGAGAAACUUGAGAAAAAAGAAAAAGAGAGAAAGACAAUGGCAAAAGAGGACAAGAAAGUUAAGACUAAGGAAAAGACCGAAGAAAAGACGAAGAAGGAAAUGAAAGUUGGGAAACAAGAGAAAGGGAAGCCAUCAGCUGCCAAAGUAAAAGAAGCUCCUCCGAAAUCCCCACCAAAGGUCAGGGAGAGGGAUGACAAAGAGACAGCAGCUGUGCCUGGGCAUGAACAGAAAGAUCAGUAUGCAUUCUGUCGAUAUAUGAUUGACAUGUUUGUCCAUGGGGAUUUAAAACCAGGACAAAGCCCGGCUUUCCCACCACCAGGACGGGUAGCACCAGCUUCUAGGCCUGCUCCGUCAAUGCCUGGUUUAGAAGAGAAACACACUCAGGAGAUGAAGAUAACAGAGAAGAAAGUUACUUCUGAAACAAAAAAGAAAGAAAAAGGAGACGCCAAAAAGAAAAGCGAAAAGGAAACUGCCAUUGAUGUGAAAAGCAAAGAGCCAGGAAAAUCUGAAGCCAAACAAACAGCUACAAAAGUCACAGCACAAGCAGCUGCUAAAAAGGAUGAGAAGAAAGAAGAUUCCAAGAAAUUGAAAAAAACUCCAGAAGAACAAUCCAAGGGGAAAAAACAGGAAAAGAAAGAAAAGCCCACAGAACUAGCAAAGUCACCAAAAUUGGAAUCUCCAGCUCCAAGUGAAAAACCUGGGAAAGCAAAAGCUGAACGAUCCAAAGAAGAGAUUGCAGCUGCCUCAACCAAAAAGGCCAUGCACGGAAAGAAAGAAGAGAAAGCCAAGACAGUGGAGCAAGAGCUGCAAGUGAAAAAGGAAGAGAAGUCAGAGCCACAAAUUCAAAAGGAAGCAAAACCAGAACAGGGCAAUUCCAAACCAGAGCAAGUCGUUCCUCAUGCUACACCAGAACAAAAAGUUCUCAAGCAGGUAAAAGCUAUCACAGCAGAGAAGACAGAAAAAGCCGAACCUCAAGAAAAAGAUCGUCAGUCUAUGACAACAGAGGGAACAUCAGAAGUCACAGACUCAGGGAAGAAGAAAGUUGAAAAAUCUGAAAAGGAAAGUAAAGAAGAUUCCAAAGACACACCAGCUUCAAAGAAAGGAAAAGACACCAAAGACAUAUCAGCUUCAAAUAAAGACAAAGAAGUAACUGAUGAUGUAUCUUCCCAAAAGAAACAAAAAAAUCCCAUCAGUUUCUUUCAAUGUGUCUACUUGGAUGGAUACAAUGGCUAUGGAUUUCAGUUUCCUGUCACUCCUGCCCAACGUCCUGGAGAGAACUCUGGCAAACCAAACUCUCCAGGACAGAAGCAGCAAGGACAGUAG